AUGGACUCAGCACAAUCCGAAUUCGGCAAAUCCUUCAUUAAAAACUAUAAUAAACGCAUUCGCCAGCACUUGUCACAAUGUUAUCCAUCCUCAAAACCAUCUCCUUCUUAUCGUCGUCAUUCACCAACACCACCACCACCACCACCAUCAUCAUCACAGUCACAAUCAGAAGCUGAUUCUCACCACCCAAAAUACGACUACUUAUACUCCAAAAACAAUCGCGCAAAUAUUCUGAAUGUAGUAUCUCAAAUAAGUGACGAUGUCACCUCCAACCCUGGAAUCCCAAUGUCAGCGGAGAAGAUAUCGCUGGACGAUGCAGAGUAUUUGGGGAGAGGCGCCACUAUGGAGGUUUUUGCGGUCGACUACUCUCCGCAAGAAAACAAGGGAUCUGAAGCUGGUAGGUCGACAACCAGAAAAGUGGCAGUGAAAAGAGUAAGCCGCGAACAUGCACCCGUUCGGAACCACGCUCUGGCCCUAGAAGAAGAUUUCGUGUUUCUCAAGGGGAGAGAUGCGUUUUAUGCCCGGGUUGGGGCUAUGACGCAGGAAAUCAAAAUUCUCGCCAGGGAACCCAUAUACGGCCACAGAAACAUAGUCCACCUCCACUCCCUAGCAUGGGAUGAAAUGCCCGACAUAGGUCUCUUCGCGCCCAUGAUGAUAGUCGAAUUAGCCUGGUCCCAGGCCCCGACUUUAGAGGACUAUUUCAGUACUCGUCAAAACCAGCAGCGUCGAGAUUUUGAUGAUUGGGGGACGGAUUGUUAUAGUCUCAUUGCAGAUAUAGCCGAUGGUCUUGCGAUGCUACAUCAUUGUGAAGUGUUGCAUUCAGAUCUGAAGCCGUCAAAUAUCUUGCUCUUUCAGGACAGCGAGGAAAAAGGGUUGGUAGCGAAGAUAGGAGAUUUCGGAUUUGCAGAUGUUGAUCUCGUGCUCGCGCGCUCCCUGGACCCCGCGGCGGGCUCGAUGGUAGGUGUGGGUAGAGGCCAGACCAGGGAAUGGGCGGCACCAGAAAUGCUUCAAUCAUGCACCAUGAGGAUAAAACGAUUGGCAAGUACGGUGCCUGUUGCGAGGGAUAUUUAUUCGUUUGGGCUUUUGAUCGCGUACAUCGUUCUCAAUGGAAAGAGUCCGAGGCAGUUGGUGCAGAGCGAUGGCAACAGCAUUGAAGAGCAAAAUGAAGAGUUGGAUCGGUUGAAGAUAGAUGAUCUGCUACAAGCGAGAAUCGAGGAGGAAGUCAGACUCCAUUGGAAAAGCGGCUCAGAACGAGAAGAUGAGAACAGGAUGAUUGUUCUUGAUCAGAUCAAGGAGAUUGUCACGGCUGAUCCAACGGCGAGACCGUCGUCGCUUUCGGAUGUGAGACGAAAGGUUAUGGGAUAUGACCCAUACAGCACCCAAAAGCACCAAGACAGAUUCAAAAUCGUCCCGUUCACAAACAUGUUCUCCACUGAAAUGGCAUACAGCAACCUCUUUCAAACAAUCACAGGAAUCAGUAACCGCAUACUGGAGUCCUUACCCGCUAACCUCAUGGCCGAGUUACGUGGUCUUGUAGGCGAAGAACCUGCUAUUUAUGAGCCGGUAGUCCACACUAUCAGGAGGCUUACGCUACAGCGUCAAUUAGGAGAGCUUGAAACUAAAGAUGGAGAAGAGGGGGGGAAGUCACCUCUAGAUCGAUAUGGGGGGAAGUACACUUUGGAUGCCUUACGGACAACUCUAUCCUGGAUUCCGGAUCUUUAUGAACUCAUCAAGGUAGUGGGGGUUUAUCCAUUUAGCGUGCCUCAUGCAGAAUACGAUUUUCUGCGGACUGAAUACCAGGAUAGACCGUUGAUAUUCACUUUAACCGACGGUAAUAAUGUCCAUGGUGUGCGAAGGUUAUUAAUGGAAGAUCCGUCACAGGUCAAUGCCAGACUCCCCGAUGAUUCUGGGGGAUGGUCUCCCAUACACUUGGCUGCUUGUCUGGGACGAACUAAGAUCAUGAAACUCAUUCUUCAAACCCAUUUAAAGGUAAACCCCAAUAUGAGGUCGGUGGUAUCACAAGCCACUCCCCUUCAUCAAGCUAUUAUCGGGAGACAUCCUGGUAUCGCAGAAAUGUUGUUGCGGGCUGGCGCGCAGGUUGAUGCACGGUAUUAUAUUCCAAAUUUGCCGUAUGGUCGACUGCGUGAAUUGUCGCCUUUGGAGUUGGCUGUCGAGCAGUGCGUUAGUCAAGUGACAAAGGAUGACGAGAGGAUCAUAGAAAUGCUACUUCGUGCUGGAGCGGAUUAUUUGCAUAAUUCUGGAGGAAGAGGCUACUCUAUAGUCUUCAAAGCAUCAGCACACGUCGAAAUACUCAAAAUCUUCUUCGAAACCAUACCAGCUGAAGAUGCAAAACACCUUGCCAACAUUCGUGACAAUGAUCGUCAGACUCUUUUGUUUCAUGCAGUCAACAGAGUGGACGUAGAGAAGGUCAAGUAUCUUCUUAGCAGAGGUGUUGACCCUCGUGUGAGAUGCGUCAGUGGUCAAACAGCCUAUACGCGGCUUCGGUCAGCAUCCUACAUGGGCUCAACCGGGCCAGGCUUAUUAAUACAGACCUCGAUAAUGGCCGUUACGCACAAGCUCCCAACGCCAGAAGGAAUAGAGCAGGUCCUGCAGUUGUUAGAAAAAGCCGCUGGACCCGAUGGUAUGGCUGCUGAUGACUAUUCUUUUUCGGCUCAAGAGGUGGAAGAUAUGCAAAAGAACUUCAAGUCUGAGGAACCAAUAACCAAGGAAUAUUUCGAGUCUGAUAGGUUUCAAAAGAAACUGGAACUCCUUCUUGGGAUUAUGGACAAUCCGUUAUUUCCUACAGCAUAUUGGCUGUUCAGGUUAGAUAAUGUGUCGGCAAUUGAGGCUCUGAAGAAGAAUUUGGAGCAAUGGUAUACGAGACGAAGACAAGGUCUCAUUGGAAAAGACAUUCUUCCUGAUGGGUGGGAAGACUUUUUCACAGAACCAGAGAAGAAUUCUCCCAAUGGGUUCUGGAAGGUCCUCAUCAAAGAAGAAGAUAUUCCCGCAUUGGCUAAAUUCAUGAAGACAUCAGCGAUCUCCUUGGCCGAAAGGUUCAUGGACAACAAUGGAUCCAUGAUUCUCGAAAAGAUGAUUCCGGCGGUUGAGGAGAUGACUCUUACACGCGCUUUUGAUAUAAUAUUCGACUCUUUCAGUAUUAUCUUUCAACGGAUGAUAUUGGUGUUUAUGAAAGGUUUUCGAUUCACCUUCGUUGAUAAGAUCGUUGUCUAUCAGCGACUGAAGCAGACGUGGAGAGCCCUAGCUCAGUAUGAGGUCCUCGAUCGACUUCAUGAUGUCGCUGUAGCUCUCGGGAUCGAUGGUAGCAUCAACGAGUUUGCACGAGGCAUGCUUGUUGAGGAUAUUGAUGUUGAUUUGGCUAUUCCUCCAGAUGCAAUCGAAACACUUCGAUUGGCUCAGCGGUAUCCCGACGCGACCAUCUUCAUCACAUCCAAGACUAUCGAUAUCCCGCCUAAGCGGUUUAUUCUCUCCAUCCAUCAGUUGGUAUUGUUUCUGCUUCCUGCUUUUAUGCUUUGCUUUACCUUGUACAUUGAGUUUCUUUGUCUACGUGCCAGUAGCUUGUGGGCCAUUCUUCUUGCACGGGUAUGGUAUAACGGACUUCUUCCCAAGGAUUGGAUAUUGAUCGACAACGACGGGCAUUUGCAUCCUAAUAUCUUUCGGGGUAUCUUCGCGGCUCUGGAACUGAUCUGGUUUCGUAUUAGGUGUCCAUGGAUACAUAUCACAGUGGGCGAACCGCUGAUAUUGGCCCUCCGACCAGGUGCCAUGCAAGUGGAUGUUCCGAUACGACUACAGCACAUGCGCAAGGAAACACAAUGGCCAGUAUACCGACUCUCUCUUCGGAGGUAUGCUGAAUGCGAAGAACCCGUACCUUGCUUUGCUGCGAUGGGCGAUGCGUAUAGAAAGUGGAUGAAUGGGGGUUUACCACGGAAGGCGUGGUGUGAUGGGUGGUGGGAAAAGAAGAUAGAUGGAAAAUGGGAGAGAGUGAAUGCGAAUGGCAAACCGACGUGGACAGAGUAUACCGAAGCGACGAAAGAGAUCCAGAGGACACUCUUCGCCAAAGGUUGCGUGGAUGGCUAUUAUCAUUUCCUUGAACAGAGAGACUACUGGCUCAAUACACCAGGCCAGCAGCUCCUGUCACUGCAGGAAGUCUUUGGGGAGGAGCAUGCAGAGUGUCUGGAAAUAUGGCAGAAGCUCUUCCUGAGGGAUUCGAGUGCCCGCACAUGGAUUGGGAGAAGUGACUCGCCGUCGCCAUGGUGGAACCGAUUUGUAUUGAAGAAGUUUGUAGAUGGAAUCUGGUCAACGUGGGAUGCAGGACUGUUGGACAAGGUGGGAUAUUAG